AUGCAACUGCGAGAUAUGGCGCCUUCAUCGGCGCUAGUCGCCUCGCUGCUGGCGAUCCCGCAGCUGGCGUCCGCAUUCUACCUGCCAGGUGUUGCGCCCACGUCCUACAAGAAGGGCGACGUCGUUCCCCUGUAUGUCAACAGCAUCAAGCCUGUCGCCGCUCCCUCCGACUCGCGACUACAUUCGAUCGUAUCCUACGACUAUUACCACCCCGGAUUCAAGUUCUGCGAGCCGUCCCCCGCGCCCGAAUAUGUGUCCGAAAGUCUCGGCAGUAUCCUUUUCGGAGACCGCAUUAUGACCUCGCCCUUCGAGCUGCGCAUGAAGAACGACGAGGUUUGCAAGCCGCUCUGCAUCCAGAAGUAUCCUCCGGCUGCUGUUGGCUUUGUUCGGCGCCGUAUCGAGCAGGGCUACAGCUUGAACUGGCUCGUGGACGGCUUGCCCGCGGGACAGGAGAUCUACGACGACUUCACGAACACAACGUUCUACAACCCCGGCUUUCUGAUGGGAGGCGCCGACGAGCAGGGAAACAUCAUCUUCAACAACCAUUAUGACAUCAACAUCGAGUACCACCCGGUCAACGGCGACGAGACCCAACUCCGUGUUGUCGGCGUUGUGGUGGAGCCCAGCUCCCGUGCCUACCCUGGUCUGCUGGACUGCAACAACCAGAUGGAGCCUAUUAUCUUCAACGAGGACAGCGGCGAAAAGGAGGUUAAGUUCUCUUACUCGGUCUACUGGAAGGAGUCCAAGACAGCCUGGGCAACUCGCUGGGACAAGUACUUGCAUGUCUUUGACCCCAAGAUCCACUGGUUCUGGCUCAUUGACACUGCUAUCAUCGUGAUUAUCCUGAUCCUCACUGUCAUGUCCAUCUUGGUCAGGGCCUUGAAGAAGGAUAUUGCUCGAUACAACCGUCUGGAUCAGAUCAACCUGGACGAUCUGUCGGGUACCUCGGUCAUCGAGGAUGGCGUGCAGGAAGACUCCGGGUGGAAGUUAGUCCACGGGGACGUAUUCCGCAACCCAUCCCACCCUCUCCUCCUUUCCGUUCUGCUCGGAAAUGGUGUGCAGUUGUUCGUCAUGGCCGGCUUCACGAUCUGCUUCGCUCUUCUCGGCUUCCUGUCGCCGUCUAACCGUGGCUCGCUCGGUACUAUUAUUCUCCUCCUCUACACCAUUCUGGGCUUCGUCGGCGGCUAUGUCUCCUCGAGGACUUACAAGUCGAUGCAGGGUGAGAAGUGGAAGAUGAACAUUGCGCUCACCCCGAUCUUGGUCCCCAGCAUCGUCUUUGGCGCGUUCUUCUUCCUUGAUCUGUUCUUGUGGGCCAAGCAGUCUUCAGGUGCUGUUCCUUUCACCACCAUGCUCGUCAUUAUCGCCAUCUGGUUCGUCCUGUCGGUCCCUCUGUCUUUUGCUGGAUCGUGGAUGGGAUUCCGUGCUUCCGUCCUUGAGCCCCCCGUCCGAACCAACCAGAUCCCCCGCCAGGUCCCGCCCGUCACGACCUACCUGAGGCCGAUCCCCAGCAUGCUGAUCGUCGGUCUACUGCCGUUCGGUGCCAUCUUCGUUGAGCUAUACUUCAUCAUGAGUUCGGUCUGGUUCAGCCGGAUUUAUUACAUGUUUGGCUUCCUCUUCCUCUCCUACGGCCUUAUGAUCGUCACCACUGCCGCAGUCACGAUCCUCAUGGUCUACUUCCUUCUGUGCGCCGAGAAUUACAACUGGCAAUGGCGCUCAUUCCUCGCUGCCGGCAUGAGCGGCGGCUACAUCUUUGCCAACUGCCUGUUAUACCUUAUCACUAAGCUGAACCUGAGUAACCUGGCCGGAACUGUGCUUUACAUCGGAUACAGCGCCCUCAUUUCCUUCCUCUUCUUCAUUCUGACCGGCUCGAUUGGUUACUUCGCUAGCUGGUGGUUCGUCAGGAAGAUUUAUGCCUCCAUCAAGAUCGAUUAA